CGCGACAGAUCCCUAUGAUCGUUGUAUUGAAUGCACUCAUAAAUUUUUAAUUAUCAAAAUAUAUCAAAAUGAAGAUAAAAACAUAUAAAUUUAAAUCCCUAAUUAAUAUAAGGAGGAUAGUAUACAAGCCAAUUCAUAUAAGGAGGAGAAUCCAAUAGCUGCUCAUCUUUAGCGACGGAAAUUUCGCCAUCGUCGUAAAAGGUUACAACACGGACAAGAUCUCCUCCCGCUGCGCCGGAAGACAAAAAGACGAAUGAUUAAUUGGGCCGCUUUUGAGUCAACAUUGGGCUUUGGGUUUGAGCCUGAGUCGGACUAGCUCACUGACUAUUGGUCUUGAACUUGGAUUCGACUUUCUGGACCUGUUGUUUGUGCUCAUCAACGACUGAUUUUUGGUGUAGAUUUAACUAGGCUAGGGCUUCGAUCCAAAUAACCAAUUGGUUUUUUUUCUCUUUUUUCCUAUGUCACUUGGGAGGCUUGGGCCUCAAGGUGAUGAUGGGUGGUCCAUAUUAGAAAAGGAUUAACUGGCCCAACAAGAAAUGGGAAAAUAUCGGCCGACGACAAGUAAGAAAUGGUCUGCAAAAAAGUAGAUAAUAUCCGUGCGUCCAAUUUCGCUAUGGUACACACAAAUAUGGGUGGUACUAUAGCGAAAUUGUAAUCAAUGAUAGUGAGGUGUGAGAUUGAGAGAGAGAAGGGUUAUUUGGGGGCUGGAUUUUUCGCCAAAAAUUCCGCCAAAACACCCAAAAACUUGCCUAGACCCCACCCAUCUCUCACUCCUUGGCCCCACUAUGCACUACCUUCAGCUCGCUUCCCCACAGCUCAAGUGCGCCUCGUCUUCUUCCCCGAGCCCGUGUCCCAGCCGAUCAAUCCUGGCCCUUCGUUGUUGGCUUGGGCGACGUGACCCUCCUUCUGGGUUGUGAGUUGGUGCACACAGAUAUCUGUAUGUAUACCAUAGCGAAAUUGUCGUGCGUUCUGUCUUUCGAUGUUUCGUUUGUCCAGACCACUUCAUUAUACACUAGAGGUUUAUGAAUCAGUGUGUUAUUCUAUCCCGCUCGUCACGAGAUAUCCAAUUAGUUAAAACUAUGUAUCAGAACCAGACUGAUACUUCCAAACACUAAACACAACUAGAGAAAAACAAACACCAAAUCAUGAUUUCAACGUGCUCUUUUAUUGGCAUAAUCAACAAUUUUUUACACCCUUUUCAUUCCCUUAAUCGUCCUUUAUCAUGUAAUCAAGACACCCUUCAAAACCCACAUAAAUACACACACACACCCCACUAAUCCAUAAUCAACUCAUUUCAUUAUCCCCCUUUUCCAAGCAAUCAACCAUGAAGAUCAAUCUCCACACCACCGCCACAUCUUUCCCCCUCGUCGUCCUCAUUGCAUCGCUCAUCUUUAGCGACGGCAUCUUGUUCGUCGUCGCGAAAGGUUACAACAUAGACAAGAUCGGCUCCGGCUGCGGCAAGCAGCGCGACACCAGCAACGAGAUGAGGUUGCAGGCGCUGCACUCCAUAGACUCCGCCAUCCUCGCCGUCGUCUCCGGAUCCCCCAACGCCUGCGGGAAGGCGCCGGACUCGACGAUCUACGCCGCCGCGAACUGCGCCCGCGCGCUCUCCGACGAGGAGUGCAAGCUCUGCCUAUACAACGCCCAGUUCCGGGUCGUCGACGCCGAGUGCAAGCACUUGUUCGGCGGCUGGCUCGUGCUCAAAGAUUGCUACGUCAGGUACGACGCCGAUACUGCAUUCUGUCGUCAGUGAUCCGUCGUCGUAUUGCUGUGAUACGCAUCGUUUCUGUGUGAGGGAAAAAGAUCGUUCGCGCAGUUUGGGUUUGGGUUGGAUGGAUUGAUUCCCAGCUAAGGGAAUGAUAUGAUAUUUUGUAUUCGCUUUUUUCCGACUAUUUAUGAAAUUAUUUUAGAUGCGAAAGUUAAAUUUUUUUAUUGAGAAGUCUCAUACUCGAAUCUUCUGCAUGAUGGUUGAUGUCAAAUAGUUGAUUUAACAAAAAUACGAAAUUUAACAAAAGUAUCCUUGGUGAAUUUACAGAUAUGUUGUAUAUGAGGUUAUAAUGUAAUUAAGAUUAGUACUGUUCGAGUAUCUUCCAACGACUCGAAGAUUUAUUAUAAUGAGCUAGUUAUCAAUUAGUGAUGACAAACGAGUGGAACGGGCUAGGUGUGUCAAUACUCAUACAUGUCCUAUUUCGUUCGACCUGAUUCUCGAUUGAAUUGACUGAUGUCCACCCCUUAAUGUUACAUUUGCUAUGUUAGAUGAAUUUCAACGAAUCGAAAUCAUCGAUCAUAAUCGUAUGGUGAAAGAUUUAAAGGAUUAUUAGUGUUUAGGGUAUAGUUAUAUAUACAGCCCCCAUAAAUAAUUGGGUGAGCUAAUUAAGUAGCGGUCAUUACGAUGAAAUAUAGCUCGACGGCAUAUCACCAUGGAUCAACCUGAAACAAACUCAACCGGUCCAAAACUUUUACUGGAUCGAUCGACAAAGCUAUAGCUAGCGAAAUGUUGGAUGACUCAACUUUGCUUCAUGGAUCAUUCUUUUUCCUCUUGUUUUUACUUGAAUUUUAAAGAACAUUGCAAGAUGCUUAAUUAUAUAUAUAUCUAAAAUUAUAAAUAGCUUAAUGAAAUGUAUUAGUUAUUUUUUCUUGACCACAUACUUAAUAAAUUUUUUGAUUGAGAUUUGUGCUUGAAUCACCUCAAAAUCAUUGUUAAAAUAUUAACCGCGGAUUUCUUCACCAUUAAUUUUUUUUUACGGGAAGCAUGCAUGUUACCGAGCAUCUUAAUGUUUGAAUGCCCGGAGAUGAUGAAAUGAGUGUAAUAAUCAAGAUUCAAGAAGGUGUUGAUGAGGUGGGCAUUGGGGCAUUACCUAACGACGUAGCUUGCUUAAUUAAUUAGAUUCUGCCUUAAUCGUGUCUAGUCGCGCUGAAAGUAAGAAUAGCAGUUUAUACUGCAUGAAAUAUGAAAUAGCUGUUUACAACGCCUUUGCAUUUCAGCCAAACUGAUCAAUAACUGUUGACACCUAAAAAUUAAUUCGGCCGAAAUUAAAUGCCGCAUUAAUUAGUAUUGGCAUUUAAUUCGAUACCGGGGGUAAAAGACGACGUCGUUUGAAAUUAAGCGGUACCGCAAGAAAGCUCACCGGUACCGCAAGGAAGUUCACCGGUAACGCGACAGUGGAAACGGCACCGGUCAUCAUAAAACAAAAGAGGGGCCGCGCGUUUAGUCGUAGUUGGAGAAGGAGUUUUGUUUACUCUAAUUAAUUAUUAUUAUUAUUUCCUUGUUGGAUAGGGAGAAGCGGCACCGCGGAGAACUAAAACGGUGCCGCGGAAUUUAAAACGGUACCGCUAUACUAGCAAACGAUAGUGUUUAAUAAUAAACAGUGUCGUGGAAGAAAAAAAAAACAAACAAACGGUUGGUUGGGGAAGAAAACUACACCCCAAGGCUGGAAGCGGAGUCGUUUAAUAUCAAAACGACACCGCUUAAAGCAUCAACAACGCCGCGAUAUUGCUAGGCGUUCGAGACCAUACCACGGCGGGUUGGAUUUUGGCGAGUCCCGGCAAGACCAACGGCACUGCAAGAUGAGAACAACAGUACCGUUUUUAGCGAUGCCGCGGAAAGACCAACGGUACGGUUUGGUUGAAAAACAAAACAAUGUCGCGGAA